AUGACGUCAUCACUCUCACUGAGGUCUGGGGCCUUGCCCAUCCUGGCCGUCCACCAUGGUGCCCUCAUUCUGCAUCAAAUUUCAGCUGCCAAUCUGCCGUCGUCACGCUCAGACAACCUUCUCGUCAUGCAGCAGGCUCAAUUGGCAUGGCUGCUCCCGGCCAAUGGCGGCGGAAAUGCACAGAAGAACCCAGCAGCCCCAACUCAACACAAAUUUCUUGGCAGAUCUCCCCCAUUAAACUCUCCUCUAAUCAAAACUGAAAACUCAAUCUCCCCCAUCUCUCUUCGACAAACACAGAACCCGGCCAUCUCAAUCAGUUUUUCAAACCAUACAGCCAAACCAUCUCAAUCCCUCUCACGAGUUCUUGUUGGUGUUAAGAAGAUUUCAACGCUUUCAAUCCUUAUUGUUUCACUAUUGUUGGAGUUGCAGUCAUUUCGGGAAGUCUCACCUUUCAGAAGCACACCUCAAGAGGAAGAAGACAUGGCAAAGCGUCUGAUUUCAAUCUUCAGCCGUGGUUGGGCUCAAAAACUCCUCCCAACAUCCUCCACUAAGCUGAACUCAGGAAAGGCUGUUACUGUGGGACUGGGUGGACAGAGUACAGUAGGUUACAGUACCCAAGUCAAGCAAGAGUAUGUUUCUUUACACUGUUUCUCUAUUUUCUCCUAUUUGUGAAGAUAUUGUCACCUUGGUUUGUGUGUUUUUUUUUGGGUAUUUUGUCACUUAACUUUUGCUAUGAGAGAUCAAAU